AUGUUGAAGUUACCUCAUAGUACCGUAGAAACGCCAGUCUUUAUGCCGGUUGGUACGCAAGGAACAGUAAAAGGAAUAUUGCCGGAACAGUUAAUUGAUAUGGAUUGUCGCAUAUUCCUUUGUAAUACAUAUCACCUUGGUCAUCGUCCCGGUCAUGAACUUGUUCAGAAAGCUGGAGGUCUUCAUCGCUUGAUGAAUUGGCCUCGAUCAUUGCUGACUGAUUCGGGAGGUUUUCAGAUGGUCUCUUUGAGUAAACUCAUGAAUGUCGAUGAGACGGGUGUUAAUUUUGAAAGUCCGUAUACAAGAGAAAUGAUGCUUUUGACUCCCGAAAAAAGUGUCCAAAUUCAGGAAAAUCUCGGAGCAGAUAUUAUAAUGCAACUUGAUCAUGUUGUGCAUGUUCUUACCGAAGGACCUGCUGUCAACGAAGCGAUGUGUCGCUCCAUUAGGUGGUUGGAUCGAUGCUUGGAAUCACAUUCGCGUGAUGAUCAAGCGUUAUUUCCUAUCAUUCAAGGUGGCCUCGAUUUUGAACUUCGCAAGAAGUGCAUUGCAGAGAUGGCAAAAAGGGCAAAAGUUGGCAUAGCCAUUGGCGGCGAAAAUAAGGAUUCGUUUUGGAAAAUAGUUGCUUUUUGUUGCAAGGAAAUUCCUGAACAUUUACCUCGUUAUGUUAUGGGAGUUGGAUUUGCUGUCGAUUUGGUGAUUUGUUCACUUCUUGGUGCAGAUAUGUUCGAUUGUGUUUAUCCAACUCGUACAGCUAGAUUUGGAUGCGCGUUGGUACGGCACGGCGGCACUCUGCAUUUAAAUAAGCAAGAAUUCGCAGAAGAUUUCUCUCCUAUUGAUAAAGAUUGCACUUGUUAUACUUGUCAAAAUUAUAACAGAGCGUAUAUUCAUUCCAUAAUUAAUCAGGAAAGCAUUUCUUGCCAUCUGAUUACCAUACACAAUAUUCGGCAUCAUUUGGAUCUCAUGCGUCGUAUUCGUGAAGCUAUUGAUAAUAAUUCAACUGAAUCAUUCCUUAGAACAUUUUUAGAAGAGCAAUUUCCGCAAAAAAAUAUUCCCGAUUGGAUUAAAAAUGCAUUGCAAUAUAUGAAUUAUAAUAUUGAAUGGAUAAAUAAUACUCGCAGUUCUUAA